GCAUUUCAUUUUUAGCAGCAUCAGUGGCAUCAUUUUGAUAUUAUUAUUUACCAUCAGUUUUCUCCAGCGAUAUAUCGUCGUUGUAAAGGUGUGACAGGCCUGGGGGCUUGGACCUGCCAGUGUUUUUGUUUGGGCUUUUUGCCUCUUUCUCUCUCACCGCAGCAGCGCCGACAGAGUGAGGCUUCCUUCCUGCCUCGAAGUUUCACCUCCAGUUUAGCACCAGAGCGACAGAAGAAUGAGCACAGAGCGACAGAAGAGCGACUGCAGCCACACGAGGACAAACCCGACCGUAACCAUGGACUACCUCUUUUGACCGAGCCCUGCGGCGUGUCGCGCGGGGGCCCACGUCUGAGCCGCCGGGCGUGCGGUGGCGUGAGCGCGGCGAUGGCGCGGUGCAGGUAGCGCGGCGUUUGUGCUCGGGUGCGGCGAGAUCAUGCAGGCCUCGCGCUGAUGGACAAGGACAAGAGGAGGUUCAACCUGAGCCGCCUCCUGGCCCAUUACCUGCCCAAGAAGAGCCCGGCCCCGUGUCCCAGGGAGAGCGGCCGGCAGCCUGCGCCAGACCCACCCUGGACGGUAGGACCACGACCGCAGCUCAACUCUGAGGAGCGAGUAGGAAGUCAGCAGUGUCGGGAAGGUUACUUUUCAAAUGAUGACGGAGAGAUUAAGGAGAUCAACAUCACACAUGUGGUGAAGGAGGGCUCGGAGAAAGCAGAUGCCUCACAGUUUGAGCUGCUCAAGGUCCUGGGGCAGGGCUCCUUCGGGAAGGUGUUUUUGGUUCGGAAGGUGACUCCUCCUGAUGCCAACCACCUCUACGCCAUGAAGGUCCUGAAGAAGGCCACGCUCAAAGUGAGAGACAGAGUUCGGACCAAGAUGGAGCGGGACAUCCUGGCCGACGUCAACCAUCCUUUCGUGGUCAAGCUGCACUAUGCUUUUCAGACCGAAGGGAAGUUGUACUUGAUCCUGGACUUUCUGCGAGGAGGAGAUCUCUUCACGAGACUCUCCAAAGAGGUGAUGUUCACGGAGGAGGACGUGAAGUUCUACCUGGCGGAGCUGGCGUUGGGGCUGGACCACCUGCACAGUCUGGGCAUCAUCUACAGGGACCUCAAACCGGAGAACAUUUUGUUGGACGAGGAGGGUCAUAUUAAACUCACAGACUUUGGCCUGUGUAAAGAAGCGAUCGACCACGAGAAAAAAGCUUAUUCCUUCUGUGGGACUGUGGAGUACAUGGCUCCAGAAGUGGUGAACCGACAGGGACACACCCACAGCGCCGACUGGUGGUCAUUCGGUGUACUGAUGUUCGAGAUGUUGACUGGAGCUCUGCCGUUCCAAGGGAAGGACCGGAAAGAAACCAUGAACAUGAUUUUAAAGGCUCGUCUGGGGAUGCCUCAGUUCCUGAGUGCAGAGGCUCAGUCUCUGCUCCGAGCGCUGUUCAAGAGGAACCCUGCCAACCGCCUCGGUUCUGGAUCAGACGGAGCAGAGGAGAUAAAGCGUCACGGUUUCUUCUCGACCAUCGACUGGAACAAAUUGUUCCGGCGAGAAGUGAAGCCUCCGUUCAGACCGGCCGUGGCUCGUCCGGACGACACCUUCUACUUUGACUCAGAGUUUACCUCACGGACCCCCAAAGACUCCCCCGGUGUCCCCCCCAGCGCUGGAGCCCACCAGCUCUUCAGAGGCUUCAGUUUUGUGGCUUCGAGCUUGUUAGAGGAGGAGGGUUUUGCACAGCCAGCGCAGCCCACGCCCCACCCGGUCGUCCAGCAGCUCCACGGGAAGAACCUCCUGUUCAGUGACGGCUACGUCCUGAAGGAAGAUAUCGGGAUGGGCUCCUUCUCUGUCUGCAAACGCUGCAUCCACAAAGUCACCAACACGGAAUACGCAGUCAAGAUGAUUGAUAAAACGGCCACAGAUCCUUCAGAAGAGAUCGAAAUCCUGCUCAGAUAUGGACAACAUCCAAACAUCAUCACACUCAAGGAUGUGUACGACAACGGGAAGCAGGUGUUCCUGGUGACGGAGCUGAUGCGAGGAGGGGAGCUGCUCGACCGGAUCCUCAAACAGAAGUAUUUUUCGGAGCGAGAGGCCAGCGCCGUCCUGCACACCAUCACCAAGACCGUGGAGUAUCUGCACUCUCAGGGGGUGGUGCACAGGGACCUGAAGCCCAGUAACAUCCUGUACGUGGACGAGUCUGGAAACCCCGAGUCCAUCCGGAUCUGUGACUUUGGCUUCGCGAAGCAGCUGCGGGCGAACAACGGUCUGCUCAUGACGCCCUGCUACACCGCCAACUUCGUCGCCCCCGAGGUGCUGAAGAGGCAGGGCUAUGACGAGGGCUGUGACAUCUGGAGUCUGGGCGUGCUCCUCUACACCAUGUUGGCCGGCUUCACUCCGUUCGCCAACGGCCCCGAGGACACGCCCAACGAGAUCCUGAACAGGAUCGGCAACGGCCACUUUAGUCUGACCGGAGGAAACUGGGACAGUGUGUCUGACGCAGCCAAGGACCUGGUGUCAAAGAUGCUGCACGUGGAUCCUCACCAGAGGCUGACGGCCAAACAGGUGCUGAGACACCCCUGGAUCAUCCACCGCGACAAGCUGCCCAACAGCCAACUGCCCCACCAGGACCCCUCCCUGGUCAAGGGAGCCAUGGCGGCCACAUACUCGGCCCUGAAGAACUCCCAGCCCACCCCGGAGCUCAAGCCCAUCCAGAGCUCCUUCCUGGCCCAGCGGCGCGUCAAGAAGCUGCCCUCCACCUCCCUGUAGAGACUGUCCUCCCGCGGGCUCACUGUGGGGGGCGCCGCCACGUGCACCCCCCGAUACCAGCCAAGGAACCUGUGGCCCCCCCCCCCCUCCUCUGUUCCCCUCCCCCCUCGCUCCCGGAGGUCCUGCGGGAGGCCACGGGAGGCGUCGGAACCUGAAUGUAUUUGUGCGGUGGUGCAUGGGCCACAGCAGCACCCGUGGACACAGCCAUGUUCUCUUUCUUUUCUUUUUUUUUUUUGUCGUUCGUGACUCGUCGUGGUCGCUGGAUUGGUGCCGGUGGCUUGCUGCACGCUCGUCUGUCCGCCUGUCUCUUUUUCGGUCUCUUCGUUCUUCUCGUAAAAGCUGAUCGAUCUUCGGAUUUUCAAAAAAAAAAAAAAAAACUCGCUGUCGCUUCUUGACGGCACGGCCCAGAGUUCCACCGCAAAGGCAAAAGUUUAAGAGAUUUUAGUAUUUUUCGACUUUGGAAACGCAUGGUUAUGAUAAAUAGUUCAAAGGUUUUUACUUUCAAAAUCAAAUAGAUGACGUUUUGUUUUGUUUUUUUCCAAAACCUUGUAAUUGCACUGUGCAGCAAAAUCCCUGUGUCGCUCGUUCAUUUGUUUUUCAAAAUAAAAGCAAAAAUAAGAAAAUGAAAAAACAACAAUUUUCUUCAUUAUUUGUCUCUAAAACCAAAAUGAAAAAAACUGAAUAAAAUGUGUUUUUUCAGUUUUUGAUUUUGUGGUUAAAUGAAAAAUGGAAAAAAUGGAUAACGGACUGAGCCAGGACUAAACCAGGACUAAAAUGGGACUGAACCGGGAGUUGCGGCUGUGUAGACUGUCAGUUGAUCAGGACUGAGACUGGGACCAGACUGGGACCAGGACAAGGACUGAGACCAGGACUGAGACAGGUUUAGUGCUGGUUUAGUACUGGUUUGGUCCUGGUUCAUUCCUGGUCCAAGUCCCGGUCUCAGUGCCGGUCCAAGUCCCGGUCCAAAUCCCGGUCUCAGUCCCGGUCUCAGUCCCGAUCCAAGUCCCUGUCUUAGUCCAGGUCUUAGUCCAGGUCUCAGUCCCAGUCCAAGUUCCGGUCCAAGUCCCAGUCCAAGUCCCGGUCUGGUCCUGGUCUGGUCUUGAUACCGACACUACUGUUUUAGUCCUGGUUCAGUCCUGGUUUGGACCUGGUUUGGACCUGGUUUGGACCUGGUUUA